UGUUGUCCAGACUGGUUCAGAACUCUUGAAUUCAAGCGAUCUUCUUUCCUGCUGCAGCCUCUGGAGUAGCUGGAACUAUAAGCUCUUGGUCUUCCCUUGAUCAUGAAUGAAUUCAGCUUGCCAUUUAUCAUAUGCCUAAGCUUCCAGGAUGGCUCUACCCAAGUUCUAUAUGAAAAUUGAUUUUUCUAGUGAUUCCUUAAGUGGGCCUAACAUUGGCUUCUCUCGGCACUCAUGAGAGCAAAGUUUAAAGCGUAAUUAUAUUUGCCCCUGUAAGCUUGAGCAUGCCCAGGCAGCGAUAUUUUGUACUAUUUUUAAUAUUUCGUUAAUUAUUUGUUAGUUCAUUUUCUGAAGGACUGAGGACGGCAGUGGAGCCUAGGCUGUAGUGCUGCAGGUCACCAUUAGGGGGCGCUCCUUCAACCUAGGGCCCCACCUUCUUAAAGGGUCUGGACCGGUUUCUCUUGCAGUUCAUCUAUAGUGGUGUACGCUGUGGGUACUUCCGGAAAGGGUGGGACUUCCGCUUCCGGCGGGGCCGUCCCUAGAGCAGAGAUGGCGGCGACGGCGGCCGAAGAUGCGGCCUCUGGUUCUGGAGAGCCCCGGGAAGAGGCGGGAGCUCCGGGCCCCGCCUGGGAUGAGUCCCAACUGCGAAGUUACAGCUUCCCGACCCGGCCUAUCCCGCGUCUGAGCCAGAGUGACCCUCGGGCGGAAGAGCUCAUCGAAAAUGAGGAGCCUGUGGUGCUGACCGACACAAACCUUGUGUAUCCCGCUCUGAAGUGGGACCUAGACUACCUGCAAGAGAAUAUAGGCAACGGGGAUUUCUCUGUGUACAGCGCCAGCACCCAUAAAUUCUUAUACUAUGAUGAAAAGAAGAUGGCUAAUUUCCAGAACUUUAAGCCAAGGUCCAACAGGGAGGAAAUUAAAUUCCACGAGUUCGUUGAGAAACUACAGGACAUACAGCAGCGGGGAGGAGAAGAGCGGUUGUAUCUGCAGCAAACGCUCAAUGACACUGUGGGGAGGAAGAUCGUUAUGGACUUCUUGGGUUUUAACUGGAACUGGAUUAAUAAGCAACAGGGGAAGCGUGGCUGGGGGCAGCUGACCUCUAACCUGCUGCUCAUUGGCAUGGAAGGAAAUGUGACUCCUGCUCACUAUGAUGAGCAACAGAACUUCUUUGCCCAGAUAAAAGGCCAUAAGCGAUGCAUCUUAUUUCCUCCAGAUCAGUUUGAGUGCCUCUAUCCAUACCCUGUCCACCAUCCCUGUGACAGGCAGAGCCAGGUGGACUUUGACAAUCCUGACUACGAAAGUUUCCCCAAUUUCCGAAAUGUGGUUGGUUAUGAAACAGUGGUUGGCCCCGGUGAUGUUCUUUACAUCCCAAUGUACUGGUGGCACCACAUAGAGUCAUUACUAAAUGGGGGAAUUACCAUCACUGUGAACUUCUGGUACAAGGUGGGGCCUUUGUUGAACACCAUGAUUAAAGGCCGUUACAACUAACCUGCCAGAGGUCCAGGCCUCCUGUCAGGUGACUGCUCUCUCGUCCACAUGCUUCGUUGAUGAGGACAGGACACUCCAAGCACUAGUAUUGCACGCUGCACUUAAUGGACUGGACUCUUGCCAUGGCCCUGGAGGCAGGUGUUGGGGCGAGGCAGGGUAGUUGACUCCACUCCCAUUUGGAAAGAUUUCUCACCCUUGCCUUUUGAGCACCAGAACCUUCCCUCUUUGCUCCCCUACAGUCCUGCAUUCAGUGUGUGGAGUCCCAGCUUCUGGUUUUCAUCAUGUCUGUGUUAGUCUGUCAACCUCAGGGUGUGUGUGUGUGUGUACAUGUGUGCAUAUGCAUAUGUACAUACACACAUGCAUGUAUCUGUUCCUUGUUCCCUCUUCCUGGGUCAGGAUAUCACUUCUGGCUCUCAGCUGCUGUCUCCUGAAGCCUCAGUGCCUCAGCCUGAGAGAGGAGAUGCUCCUGUAUCCCUGUGACAUCUGGGUUGUGGUGCCAGAGUGGAUGUGCUCAUCAGUCUGCCUUCUGCCAGUUUUUGCAGCAUAGUCAGGCUAUAGGCCGAUAGCAAUAGCUGCUGGGUCCCUAAUGGGGACAUUGAGAAGGAGGCUUGUCUUUGGGAGCCUAGAUAGCCUUCUAGUAGAAGAAGAUUAGAUAGGGUUCUGGUUGAGAACUACAAACUCAAGCCAUACAUUGAAGGAAACCCUGGGAACCAAGGAAUAGAGGAUUGUGCGUAUGUUCCAAAUUACAGACACACGCAGCUAUUCUUUCAGUACCAGCUCUUGCCCCUGCGCUAGGUAUUGAGGGAGUUCUCCUAGCUCUGACUUCUUUGGGCUCCAGGGGUAUAAACCUCUGCAUGUGUGUGUACACAUAUGCACACGUGUGUGUGUUCACACUUGCCAUCUUCUUGCUUACCAAGGUUCUCUACUGCUUACCUUAUCCAAUGUGACAGUACAGUGUGAACCCCAGAUACUGCCUGAUUUAGCCUAUAGCUUUCAAAUUCGGAUUUUAGCCAUCCUAUCUUGAUCAGAUCUCACUGCAGCCUACCUAAAGCUGACACCUUGAGCCUCUGGGUCCUAUGUCUUUCCCUGUCCAGGCCACAUCCCCUGCUUCUGCUGAGCUUCCUGGCUGAGUAGAUGAAAUGGGAUCAGACUUAGGCAGCUAACUCAAUACCUUUCAUCCACCUCAGGGCAAGGACAAAUGUGUCCUCUUGCCUCUUGGAGCCAGCGCCUCUGCCAGACCCAACCUACGUCACAUAACUAGAGUAGACACCUGGUAGUGCAUGGAGUUAGAAUUCACUUUUCUGUUGUAGCUACGUGUGGGCCCUCCUGCGGGCAGCAGCUCAUGGCUGGGCAGCUCAGUGUUACACACCUCAGAGUGCCAUCAUUCACAUCUGCUCGGAGGGAAGGGGCCCCUGCAGUUUGGCAGAGUGGUGGCCCUGUGUCCACUUACCUCAAAUCCUUGCUCCAUCAUCUUUGUCUCUAAAGUGAAUUGGAAAUCUAAUUUUAUUUCCUUCUCUUCCACUUUUUUACUUCCACCCUCUUAAGUUUGACCUCUAGGUCUGAGCUGUGGCUCUUUGCCCCGAAGCUCAGCUUACAGAACCCCGUGGACUGAGAAGAUGCAUGCCAAUGCUUGUGUGCACCUGUGUACAUGUUUUGGGGAGGGGCCUUUAGUACCCCAUUCUGGGGUUUUGAUGCAGUGUGGGUAUGCAGAACUGGUACCUUCGCAGGUAUAGCUCUUCAAAUACAGCCAGCGCUGGGUGGUGUGACUGCAGUAACCUGCAUGGCCUCCAUCUCCUUUGGGAAAGAGGAGUACAGCAAGAGAGCCGGGCAGAGCAGGAUUAGAUUGGUCAUUGUGGCAGAUUGUCUUCAUUCUCAGUAGAAUGUCCUGCCGCUGCCCUCAAAGGUGUUGGGAUGCUUAGGAGGGAAUCUGGGUUUAUCCUUCAGAAUACUGUGCCUCAUACAGGUCUGACCUAGGGUGACUGGGGGCAAGGAGAGAGAAGGUAAACUUUGGGACCGUCACAGGAUUGGUCUUGAUGCUGGUAUGAUGUAAUAGCCACUCCUGGUCUUAGACACCUGAUGUGUGCUGUUGCCUUUAGCUCUGUCCUCCCAGUCCUGCAUGGUAGCUUCUCACUUCACACAGCUCAAAGAGUAGGUGAGAGUGGCAGUCAAGAUCAAACCUAGUCUGUUUGGCUAUGAGCCUGUCCCCUCUUCCUGCUCCUCCUCAGUUUCUUCCAAACUCUCAGUUCUCUACCUGCCCUCAGGUCUUAUUUCCUAGGCAGUGUGCAGGCAGACUCAGGCAAGAGGGUGUGGGGGCUCUAGCUAGAGACAUCCAGAAGCUGCCUGGAAGCAACUGUAGAGGAGUGAGUUCUAGCUCUGCUGGGGAUAGGGUACUGUGUACCCUUCAGUGGAGGUCCCAUAGCUCCUGUCAGCAUGCCUCUGCUUCAGAGCUGAAGGAGUUCUAUACCAUUGGGGUCCUCUUCUGCUGGGUCACCUCCUUCUGGGGAGGAGAUGCACGUCCUUCCCUCAUCUAGGUUAGGGCUGUUCAGGUUCAGAUUCUACUUGGAACGCAGGAAGCAUUGCUGCUACCGAGUUUACCAUUCUAACUAGCAGCGUGGGAGUCAGAUGUGCCACGGAAGGUGGAGACUUGGGCUUGUCUAGGGGUCAGCCACGCUGCAGACUCUGUUUUCAUACCAGCAGUACAGUGAAAACUACUGUUUUGUGAAGUCAAAUAUUUGCUGGGGGGUUGGAGUUGUUGGGUGGAGGAGGGGCCGUCCUGGGCAUCAGUGGAGCAGAUGCCCAGGAUGCCUGGGGGAGACCAGCUUCCCUACAAAUCAGAGCUCUAAAUUACAAGGUUUUUACCAACGCGAACAGUUGGGGGAAGUCGUCUGCUCUCAUUUGCGUAAUGGUUUCUGUCACUGGUGAUUAGACACAGGAUGAAGGAAAAGAAAUUUGACAAUUAGGAAUGAGCCAUCAUUAAUCUGAAUCUGUUAGGAGAGGGAGAGGGAAGAAGCCUUACUAGUGGGCCGACCCAGUAUGGGGAGACAUUCCCUGUCUCUGACCCUCAGAAUCUUCUGGGCCAAGUACCCUUUUGGAGUUCCCACAAGUGUGAGUGGAGCGUGCGUGCCUUCACAGACUAAGAGUCCAACCCAGCUUGAGGUGGCUUUAGAAACAGAUUUUCCUGCAUGAACCAACAAAGUUGAAGAUAGAUGAGUGAGUACUAAAUACAAGCCCUAGGGCAAAGAAUAACAAUAGGGUAGUUUGAUGUGUGCAUACUGUUAUGGGCAAUGUUUCUCUAAUAGCCAACACUGUUGGUCUCCCAGCUGUGACAAGUGUUUGUCACAUUCCGGCACUUCAGGUUGGGCAGGAAACCUGAUCUUUACCAAACCCCAGGAACGACUGGAAAUUGUAGAGGAAACUCCCGGAAAGUAGCAGAGCUCAGAUCCGUGCAAGGUGGGCGCUGUUGUGAGGAAGAGGAUGCACAGCACUGGGCUCCCUGAGGAAGACACUCACCCUUCAAGCCUCUCUGGAUCAGUGCAGUGCUGGCUAUGGGGACAUCGAGGUUCUGGCUCAGACUAGUGACAGUGACCCAGCUAACUGUUAAUAAGGUGUAGAAAAUCCACCUUAGAUCUUCCAAUGUCCCUGAUUUUACCUCAACGUUCUGUCCCUUCAAAUGCCUAAGACAAUAUCAAUCUGCACCAAGAAGUAAGUCCUUGUCAUUCGAGUAUCUCUUAGAUCCCAGGCCUCCUCAAGGGUUGGGAUGGGUUUCUGUCUGCUUCCAUGAUGUGAACUUCUCAAGGAUGGUGCUAUCUCACUCCUUGCUAAGUUCCCUACCUCUGUUGUCUUUCAUCCUUCAAAACUUGGUGCAGAAUUUAGCAAGGGCUACCAGCAGUGACUUUCUGACCAGUUUUGCCUAGAUGGGGUAGGUGUGGAGAUGGAUAGAAGUAGCUGAGAGGUUCUAGAGGCCCAGGCCUUUCCAGUUUCCCCACAAUUGCUCUUGGUGUCCUCUUAAUGUACCUCUAGGUGGGUCUUUGAGCUUGCUCCUUCCCAGGCUCUUAGUGGCCUCUUUACCAAGGCUCUUUUCCUCGUAGAAGCUCUCUGGUUACAAGUGCUGGCCAGCUUAGCUUAGGGUCCCUCUCCACAGGGUUCUCCCUGUUCCCUCUUAGUUUCUGACCUCAGGUAGCUCUGUUGACAUGUUCCUGGUUAGUCUGUGUUCUGUCUGCUCUGUCCUCUUGCCAUUACUUUGUCUUUACAUGCUGGUCAGCUUGUCUCAGGCCGGUGGGCCUUUCUGCUUGUCCUUCAGUCAACUCUGUUUAAUUAAAGAUCCAGGGGGUCCUGAUUAGAGCCCAGCUGAGCACUUUGGGGACAUUUCUGGAGGAGCAAAGGCUCAGAAACUGGUGUCCUCAAUGCCCAUAGCCUGUGAGUAGUGACGCUUUGGAGACAAUUGGGGAGGGACCUGGAGAGGCAAAGAACUUGGUGAGGAGAGACUGCUAGAAAGAGGCCAGGCUUGGGAGCCAGGCUGGAAGAGUGAACUUGGUGGUUCCAUCUGAAUGUGUUCUUGUGCCUUAGGGUCCAGCAGUUCAGGGAUGAGGGACAUUUUCUGAAUGUUCCCUAAUUUCUCUCAGGUCUUUGGUUCGGUGUCACCAAGUUUGACAGACCCUGUGUGCCAGAGGCUGCUAGAAGGAAGCAGCAUAGUAGGCUGGUGUCAGGAGCGGAGGCCUCCCAUGAGGAGGGCUGGAAUGGUAUGGGAACAAGAGAAAGGGACCCAGUGGUCAGCUUCUCAUGGGAUGGCACUCUAUUCCUCCAAGAGAAUAAGUACAAGGACUGAUUCAAGAAGUCAGUUAAACUGCCCUCCCUCCUCCAUAGAGCCUUGUUUGGGGAAGAAAUGUGUGUCCUUUAACUUUCAAGGGGAAACAGUCUAGUGUUUAAAAGCAUGCGUUUUGGGCUCUGAUACUUCAGUACACAUUUCUAGCUUGCUACUUACCAGCUGGGUUUGACUUUGGUUGAUUCCUUUAACCUCUCUGAGUCUCAGUUUCCUUUAUUAUAAUAAUAUGUGGGGGUGGGGGUUUGAAAAUAUCUACCUCAGGGUUGCUGGAUUAACUGAAAUGAUGUCUGUAAAGCUUUAGCACGGUGCUGGCGAGCACUUAAUAAACGGCUGUGGUGGUU